AUGGCGUCUCAUGCUGCGAUGCUCCUGAAUCCCAAGGGUGCCAAACGACAAGCUCAAAGCAAUGGUAAUCAUCCCCUUCCUUCUUCCCCAGCGAGUGAUUUGCCAACCAUGGAUGGUGCCGCUAUGCCCCGCGAGUCUCCCUUGGACAAAUAUGGGCCUAUAACUUAUUCUCGUGCGCUUGUUUCUCCUGAUUCCCCUUGUACCUCUUCUCGUGUUCCUACCCUCCCUUGUGUGGACACAACGGAUUCCUCGGCCAUGUCCAAAGACCUUGACUCACCGGAGGCUCCUGUCCAUCAUGACACGGAGAUGGAUACUCAGCUUAUGUCUACGGAAAUCAUGCAUCCAGCUGAAUCUUGUGUCUUUUCUGCCCCUCAGAUGGAUACUUCGAUUAUGCAUACAAAGUCUCUUGGCCCAGCUGAGUCUUUUUCCCCUUGUCCUCCCAAUUCGCUUGAUCCAUCUUCGAGUCUUUCUUCCCACAAUUUAUCUUCACUUUCUGCUCCGUCAGACCCCAUGCUUCUCGACUCCACGGAUUCCCAAGGCUUACUUUUGGAAGGUCCAGGAAAACAGCAGGGAAACGGACCAUCUUUUGCUUCUCCCAUGGCUCCUGCAGGCACCGCAGCCGUUACACGCAUUCAUCAUCCCAAUAUUCACACCUCUCCAAGUGUGGCGUCGGGAAGCUCGACCCCAGCUGUGAAGCCAGAAUCGAGUCUGACAGUGCAGUUCAGCACCCCCCAUGAUGAAGACAACGACAGCGACACGAAAAGAAGCCACCGGGAGAUGAGCGAUGACGAGAACAUCACCUACCGCCCCAAUUUGAUCGAAGAUGUCUAUGGGGUUGAAAAGCGGAAGAACCAACUGACAAAGAAAAUAAAAACCGACCAUAAUGUGGAAGAGAAUCCGAACAUGACGAAAGCGCCAGUCUCGAUCUCUGGGGAUAGUGGGCUUGGGAAGUGGAUGAAAGAAGAGGAUGUGAAACCAACCCCAAUUUCCACUACAUCCAACGUUGUUGAUCUGACAGCAGAUCGUGUGGACACACCUAAGGACGAUGACGAAGUCCUAUGCACCGGUUCAACCGAUCUCAGCGCCCAGCGUGUCUGCUUCGGCAAAGUCGAAAACGCAAUGAUUGCCGCUUAUAUAGUCCCCAAGCCAGGACCCUCCGUUAGCACCGACUAUUCGCACGCUUGGCCAUCUAUUAAAUUAGAUUUGCGACGCCAGCGGGUGAAGGGCAAUUUUCAGAUUCACGUCGCGGACCCUCACGGUAAAGUUUUCGGUACAAUUGACCCUAAAACAGCACAAGGACUGUGUCCGCUCUUGGACUCCGAAACUCAAAUUAUCGAGGUGACAGCCUUGCUGGAUUACCGCAGAACCUCGCCGAAUGAAGAAAUUUGGACUCCCACCUCAGGGCUAUGGCGUGCAACCAUCAAUAUCUACGGCCAAAGAAAGCAUGCAGAGGCUGUUGGCAAAUUUCUAUCUCACCGCAAUGUCUGGCUAGCAACUCCGAAUUCCGUGGACAAAGGAACUACUGUGUUCAAUCCACACGCGGAGACCCGACGCCAGCUUGCUGUCUCUAACAACUCCGGGCGGUCUCGCCCAGUGUCAACCGUCCGAUAUGAAGCGCGAACUGCCGAAGAGGCCAAUGAUGCAGUCAUGAAGAUGUUCGACCAGCUCGCCAACGCGAACAUUCCGACCAUGGAGCCUUCUCGUCACAUCAACACACCAUUGCUCCAUCACCAGAAACAAGCCCUCUGGUUUAUGACGGAGAAAGAAAAACCGCGCAAAUUUGGCCGAAAAGAAGAAGACAACAACUCAUUGUGGAGAAUGGAACGUGCACCCAAUGGGAGGACUCAGUACCGUGAGAUCAUCACUGGAAUGAUAUCAGAGCAAAAGCCCGAGGAGGCUCUAGGCGGCUUGUUGGCCGACAUGAUGGGCCUAGGUAAGACUCUGAGUAUCCUUUCGUUGAUCACGUCAUCUCUUGGAUCAGCUGAAGAAUGGACCGAGAUGGCUCCUGAUCCUGUCCUUGUUCGCCGAACUCCAGGAAUUCGCAACACACGGACAACACUAUUAGUUGUCCCGUUGAGUGCAGUGAGCAACUGGGUUACACAGAUCAAGGAACAUCUCAAGCCACGGUCCGUCACCUACUAUGUCUUUCACGGUCCAUCGCGCACCACUGAUUCCCAGGAACUUUCGGAGUACGAUAUCGUUAUCACGACAUACAGCACCAUUCUCAGCGAGAUCUCGGGGCGUGGCGCCAAAAGUGGAAAACUAAGUCCUUUGACAAAAAUGAACAUGUUCCGGAUUGUUCUCGAUGAAGCUCAUGUCAUCAGAGAACAAAAUACAGCACAGACCAAGGCGAUCCUCGGGCUCAACUCCGAGCGUCGGUGGUCGGUUACCGGAACCCCAAUCCAAAACCGCAUGGAAGAUCUUCUGUCCGUGACCAGGUUUUUGCGGAUUGCCCCUUACGAUCAACGAAGCCAAUUUUCCCAACAUGUGUGUAGCCCGGUCAAAAAUGGCGAUCCCAACGUACUUGCCAGGUUGCGGGUUCUGGUGGAUUCAUUCACGUUGCGGCGAGUCAAGGACAAAAUUGAUCUGCCACCCAGGGAAGACAAAAUCAUCACUCUAAAUUUCACCGAGCAAGAACAGCAAUUGCAUGAUUUCUUCAAGGCGGAAUCAAAUGUGAUGAUGAGUGUCAUUGCUGGUGAGGACAAACGCCAGAUUGGUGGCCGGAUGUAUCACCAUGUUUUGAAGGCCAUGAUGAUUCUCCGCCAAGUCAGUGCACAUGGAAAAGAGCUUCUUGAUGUGGCAGACCGAGACAGGGCCAAGGGACUUUCUGUUAACGACGCAAUCGACCUGGAGGAGGGCGAACCGGACGAGACCCCAGGAGCCAUAGACAAGAAGGCAUAUGAGAUGUUCGCCCUGAUCCAGCAAGCCUCAACCCCCCGGUGUGGGAAUUGUAAUCGGGAACUCGAUGAACCUCUGAAUUCAAUGGGAGCUGUCGCCCGUGACUCUCCGAUGGCCUUUGCCCUACCCUGUUAUGACACUUUCUGCCCCAGCUGUUUCUCUGGUUGGAAACCAGCAUUUGAUUCCUGCCCCGACACCCAGACCCGUUGCCCCAGGUGCGAAGGCUGGAUCCACAUGAAGUACUCGACCAUCACACCUGCUGGCUUUGAAGAAUAUGAGGCCCAAAAGGAACGUGAUCGGCAAACCCGCAAGCUGGGCAAGAAUCUGGGCGAAUACGAAGGACCGCAUACCAAAACCACUGCACUAAUCCACCACCUCAAGCAAAGCGUUGAAGACAGCAAGAGUCUCGAAGGCCAGUCGCCUAUCAAGAGUGUUGUGUUCUCUGCAUGGACCUCGCACCUGGAUCUCAUUGAGAUCGCCUUGCAAAACAAUGGGCUUGACGGGUUUACCCGACUUGAUGGUACCAUGACCCUUGCAGCACGUACAAAGGCCCUCGAGGAAUUUGCCAACAACGACAAUAUCAAAGUUCUUCUGGCAACCAUUGGUGCCGGUGGUGUGGGUCUGAAUCUUACCUCUGCCUCGCGUGUUUUUAUCAUGGAGCCCCAGUACAACCCAGCUGCCGUCGCUCAGGCGAUUGACCGUGUUCAUCGUCUUGGUCAAACUCGGCCCGUGCAAACCUUCCAGUUCAUCAUGAAGGGCAGCAUUGAGGAGAAGAUACUGGACCUUGCCAGGAAGAAGCAAGAGAUGGCUGACACGAGCCUGAAUCGCGUGAAGCAAGACAAGCGGGAGACCCAGGAGGCUCGCAUGCGUGAAUACCGCAAUCUUUUCAAGUAA